AUGAGCAAAACAAUCGCCCUCAUCAGUGGUGCCAACCAAGGUAUUGGCCUCGCUGCCGCAACCCGCCUUGCUCGCGAAUUCGGAUAUCAGGUCAUAAUCGGAUCUCGAAACGCUGAAAACGGCGCCAAAGAAGCCACAAAACUGCAAACCGAAGGUCUCGCAGUUGACAGUGUCCAACUAGACCUUACAUCUGACGAGUCGAUUGAGCGCGCUGCCGAUUAUAUCUCAUCCAAGUACGGCAAGCUGGAUGUACUCGUCAACAACGCCGGCAUCCUCAUCGACGUCGGCGUAGCAAACGCAAACCCAGAGUUACCGACGCGUGAGCUUUUUGAAAAGACCUUUUCGACAAACGUGACUGGGACAGCCUGUCUCACCGAGGCGAUGAUUCCGCUACUGCGCAAAUCAGACCAGCGGCCGCGACUCGUUUUUGUCUCGUCGAUCAUGGGCUCGAUCACCGAGAGCCUGGACCAGACGUCCGCAUGGUAUGAAGGCGAAUACAGAGCAUAUGACGCCAGCAAAGCUGCAGCCAACAUGCUGGCCGUUAACUACAACCGCAUUCUUCGUGAUGUGCGCGCUAGGGUCAAUGUUGCCUGCCCUGGCCUGGUCGCUACAAACCUCACUAAAUACACUGCCUACGGGGGCACACCUGAAGACGGCGCCAGGCGCAUUGUUCAGUUAGCCACCCUGGCUGAAGAUGACGAGACUACUGGAACGUUUUCGAAUGUCCAUGGAGGCAUAGCUUGGUAG